UCGUACGCGGCGCAUGAGGACUGAGACGAAGUUCGUCAAGAGAUUCUUGAAGUUGAUCUUUCCUCAGCUUGGGACCGCCGAAAAGGGAGUGAAAUUAAUCAAGCUCAGUGUCCGUACGUACAAGACAACCAAACGAAUUCGGGAAGCGAGAAUGAAGCUCGCAUAUAAAGUGGGAAUCGGCUCCGUGGGGAUGUUCGUGUUCAUCAUCCUUUUCGGGUGGAUUGCUUUCCCAAAAAUAUUGAGUAACAAGAUCAAAAGUAUGUGCACAUUGAAAGAAGGCACGGAUAUAAGAGAGAUGUAUCUGAAAGUACCUUUUCCAUUGGUAUUUAAAGUCUAUAUGUUUAAUGUAACUAAUCCUGUUGAAGUCACAGCAGGGGCUAUACCUAUUGUCCAAGAAGUUGGACCUUUUGUAUACGACGAAUGGAAAGAGAAAGUUCACAUAGAGGAAGAUGAAUCUGAGGAUACAAUGACUUAUACUAUCAAAAAUACGUUUAUAUUCAAUCGCGAACUAACAAAACCAUUAACUGGGAAUGAACUAGUAACAAUACCGCAUCCGCUUCUUGCUGCCUUAGCCAUGGCCGUUGAAAGGGAUAAACCUUCUGCUUUAUCUCUUGUGAACAAAGCUCUGAAUAGCAUCUACAGAGGACCAACAACACCAUUCUUGACAGCUUCGGUGCAGGAUAUUUUGUUCGAUGGAGUUUACAUUUUAUGCAACGUAUCAGAUUUUGCUGGCAAAGCUGUUUGCGCUCAACUAAAGAUGGAAGCUACAGACCUGGUCGAAGUGGAACCAAAUAUUUUUAGAUUUUCUAUAUUUGGACCGAAAAAUGGUACUUUAGGGCAAAGGGUCAAAGUUAAACGCGGUGUAAAAAAUUCCCACGACCUGGGAAAAGUCGUUGAAUUCGAAGGACAGACUGAAUUGGAAAUUUGGGGAUCUGAAGAAUGUAACACUUAUCAAGGAACGGAUACAACAAUAUUUCCACCGUUUCUAACGAAAGAAGAGGGACUGGUUUCCUUUGCACCAGAUCUCUGCAGAGUUUUAGCAGCGUAUUAUGUUGAUGAUACUAAAUACGCAGGAUUGCCUGUGAGGCGAUAUUCAGCAGAUUUUGGUGAUCCAUCGUCUAAUCCCGAAGAUCAGUGCUACUGCCAAGCUCCAGAUAAGUGUCUAAAAAAAGGGGUUUUCGAUUUAUACAACUGCAUCAAAGCUCCUUUAAUUGCUUCUUUACCUCAUUUCUACUUAAGCGAUCCAAGUUAUGUGAACGGUGUUAAAGGGCUCAAUCCGAACGCAAAAGAUCACGAAAUAACAAUUCUUUUUGAAUCUAUGACCGGUUCUCCUGUAGCUGCCAAAAAGAGAAUGCAAUUCAGUUUACCCGUUCACGCUUUAGCCAAAGUAAAUGUAAUGAAAAAUCUAGCUGACACAGUGAUUCCUUUAUUUUGGGUCGAAGAAGGUGUAGAAUUGAAUUCGACGUGGACCAAGCAGUUGAAUGACCAACUUUUCAAAGUGCUAAAAAUCACGAAAAUCAUGAAAUAUUUGAUUUUGGUUAUGUCGAUGGGCGGAAUGGGUGCCGCUGUUUACUUACACUACUCUAGGAAGAAGGAGGUCACAAUUACACCUGUCCGUAGUACAGAGACCAGCAACGGGGAAACUAACAGAAGUAAUGUUAUCAGUAUGUUAGGACAAAAUAAAGCGUUAGGUGGUCAUGUAAACCAUGCGAUGUCUGCCAACGAAAUUGAUAAGUAUUAGAUCAGUUAUAACAUUGCAAAUUGCUCACUUUAGACGUUGCAAAUGUACAAAUUAUAAUAUUAGAUUUUACCAAAGACACAUAGUUUUAUAGUUCAGUCUGUGAUCGCAACGAUAUAGAAUC